UGUGACUUUCAGUCUCUAGCCGGAUACUGACUCCUCAACAACACAACAAAAUUCACAUUUUUUUUCCUUUUGGCCAGUUUAGUGAAACAAAAUUCUACAGUUUUUUUAUUUGGUUUCAAAAAAAAAAAGGAGAAAAUCUCAUUCAAAUUGUAAUAGUUUUUCGGGAUUUCUUGUGGCGAGUUCGAAAAUAAAUUCCAAAAUGCAACGCACUGCCUUCAAAGCCGCCUGCUACCGCGUCCUCUCCAAAAUGAAUCUCCAGCAGCAGCAGCGGGAGUACCAUCACACCACCCUGCAGGUGCAGGAGCUGCAGGACUGUGGCGCAGGAUCUACUGCUGCUGCCAGAACCACUGACACCGCCUCCGCUGUGGAGCCCAAUCGCAGCCGAUCCUUUCUGAGCUCGCUGGACCUGCUGGGCAGGCUGUUCCACGGCCGGCUCUACCUCCUGGGCGGGCGACCGGUGCCGCCGCGCUUCCUGCGGCUGCUGAUCGGCGACCGGACCCUGAGCUUCAGCAGCGACGAGGACGAGGAGUUCCGCCAGCGGCUGGGCAUGCAGCUGAAGGAGCUGCGCGAUGUCCUGCACGGCAAUGAGGAGACCGACGAUCUCGACCAGCCGGACGAGAGCCGCUACAUGGAGGGAGAGGAGGCGGCCGCCGGCCCCUACGCCUCGGCCAGCACGGAGGCCUGGGGCGAGGACCUCACCGAGGAGGACAAGGAGGACAUCCGCACCGUUCGCAUGACCCAGCGCGGCGAGGGGGGCGACGCCGAUAUUGGCGACGAAUUGCGCGAAACGGCCGAGAAGCAGGAGUUCGUGGAGCCGGAGGCCGAGCUGGACGAGGAGGAUGCUCUCCGGUCGGAGGUGGAGGAGACAUCCGAUCCCCAUCACCAGAUGCGGGACGGUGAGGUCGAUGGCGUCUACUGGACCGGAGAGGGCGAGCGGAUCGUCACCAUUAACAGGGAGAAGCCGCGGGUGGGUCCCUCCGGCUACAUAUCCGGGGAGGGCGAAGAGGUGCCCGCCGUGGAGGAUCGCCCCAUGCCCGACACUCGCAGCCAGGCCCAGGAGCAGAAUCUGCCCUCGGAGGCCGAUUCCGAUGAAUAAUCAUUAGCCGGCAGGAUCAGGACGGGACAGGACGGCCAGGACGGCCAGGAUAGGACAUCGCCGGCGGAAAACCGAGGCGAGGCCAGAAAAUAAAACUACAAAAGGCUAAAGACAA